AUGACCAAGCUUGGAGUCAAAGGCCAGUGCCCUUAUAAAGGAAAAUUUGUACCAAAGCAGCAGAAUGUCCAUCCCAUGCCAAGGACACCACUCUCAAUCAAGGUUUUAAGAAUGUUCCCCCAUGUACAUAAGUGCAAAUAAAGACAUAAACCUGAAUGUACCUGCACUUUAUGGAAGGGUAACAUGCAGUACAGUCAGCAACACCUUUACUUGAAGUCUUGCUUAAAGAGGACCUCUCACUUCUUAGGAUUUUCAGCAUUACGUUUACCUAUUCGUAUAUUUAACAAAUAUGUAUUUGUAAGGUGUGAAAAAUAAAAUCAGGUGUAGAAAUCCACACUUCUUUAUGCUGCGAAUGGGUGCUUCCAUUUUAGCUCCCUGUCAAUCAUUGUUCUAGGCGCUGUCCGUUGCGACUGGCAAAUGUAACAAUGUUUCUGCUUCCGCUCUUCCUUUGCAAUGUUUCCCCUGCUUUUGCCACGUCUGAACUAGAAUGGUGUAAUUUGCUGAACCUAUAAUAUAAAGUUAAAGAUAAAUGGGCAUACCAUUAAAAAAAAGCUCAACAUAAGUCAUAGGUGAUUUUUAAUGUUUUAUCCAAUUAGGUCAUUUCUGGAGAGGUGACAGUUCUCCUUUAAACCUAAGACUUCUUAAUCCUAAAGCUAAACUAAAUCCUUUUAACCAUUAACAAUAAAUGCGAUUAAGGGCCCAAAGCACAGACACCUUUCAAAGUCAUUCAUAUCAAACAGCCUUAAUAAUGAAAGUAAAUUAGAUAAUAAUGUAAUCAAGCAGUAUGGCAGAGAGUGUGUCAUCUGUCCAGUUCUCUAUUAAUGGGUCGUUUUUAUUUUUUUCCUUGAGCUCCACCUUUCUCCAGGACGGUUCAGUUCUAUCAAGUUCCCACACCAGACAAGGCCAAUGUUAUUCUUCUCUAGAGAGCUAACCCAAGCACAGUAGCUAAUAGUAUUCACUGCUGUGCUGUUUAUCUCUUUGUCCUGUUUCAAGUAUCCUCUGCCCCAGCUACUGGCAGAGAUGUCCACUGCACUACAGAAGAUCUUUUCUAUCCCCACACGUUCAUUCCAAGCUAUGAUACAGAAACGGACCACCAGUAUUCACAGCAAGCCCCCCAAGGGAAAAGUUGGCCCCAUGGUAAGUAUUUCAACAUUUUUUUAAGAACACACAACAAUUUGUGACAAUCACUCAUGCAAACAAUAACAGUGUAAUCCAGUAGUAACCACGUCCUUUUAAAACGUCUCACAUUUGUUGCAUGAUCUCAUCAGGGAAGAAAGAGUUUAAGAGUAAAGUAAUGCCAGUCACUGAACCUAAAAGCUUACAAUCUACAACACAAAUUCUAUCUGCUAUCAGCACUUUUCAUGUUUAAACUUGUCUAAUAUUUUUCAACUGUAAUAUUCAUUUUUGCAUCUGGAAUACAGCAGAACAUCAAAACCAAAUUCAAUAAUGAUUUUAAAAAUGCUCUAAUUAUAACUAAUGUUCUAGUAUUAAAGAUCAAGUUCUAAUACUAUAGUUAUAAUGUUCUAGGUAUGUUAUCGUUAUAGUGCUAUAUGUAUAAUGUUAUAAACUUCCAUUCAUAUAACUGUAGUUACAAUGUUAUAGUUAUAAUAAUUUGUUGUACUGCUAUAUUUAUGUUCUAGUUUUAACGCUAUAGUUACACAACUGGUUAUAAUAUCGUAGUUAUAUUGUUAUAGUUAUAGGUAUUUUUCUGUUAUAGUUAUAAUGCCAUAGUUAUGAAACUGUAGUUAUGUUAUAGCUAUACUGCUAUAGUUAAAAUGUGAUUUUCAUGUUAUAGUUAUAAGCCUACAGUUAUAAAGUUAUGGUUAUAAAGCACUAGUUACAAUAUUGUAGUUACAAUGGUAUAGUUAUGUAAAAGUUAUACAAUUCUAGUUCUUAUACAACAGUUAGAAUGUUAUAGUUAUCAUUCUAUAGUUACGUUAUAGUUAUACUGUUAAAGUUUUCAAUGUUAUAGUUAUAAUCCACUGUGCUAUAAUUAUAGUGAUAGCUAUAAUGCAAUAGUUAUAAUACAAUUGUUAUAGUUAAUGCUAUAGCUAUACAGCUCUAGUUAUAAUGCAAUAAUUAUGGUUAUAAAGUUGUAGUUUUAAUGCACUAUUAAUGCUAUUAUAUUUAUAAUCCUCUGGUUAUAAUGCUAUAUUUACAAUUUUAUCGUUAUAAUGCUAUGGUUAUAAUGUUAGUUAUGCUAAAAGUGUAGGUUAAGCACUCCAAAUCUCGUGGACUACAUCUCCCAUAAUGCACUUACAGCAAUAAUGCUGGCAAAGCAUUAGUGGAGAUACAGUCCACGGUAUUUGGAAUGCUGAAGGUUGCUUACCCCUGCUACAGAUACAAUACAUCAAUAAAAAUAAUAAUGCAAUAAACAAACAUUAAAUCUUGGAUUUUUUUUCAUGUGCCCUAUAAUGACUAAUAAAAAUAUAAAGAUCACCGAUGCCUAUUGUUCUGGACAUCAAUGGAAUAUGUAGGACUUUCUUGUGUCUCUGCAAAGACUGGAUUCAUUCAUAUUUUACAUGUUUCUAUGAAAUCUUGCUGAUCAAAUGCCUUUCCUGGAGUUGAAUUUUUAAUUCCCUUUGUGCAGCCUGAUCUUAUUUAAUGUCUCAAAUUGUAUUAAAACCAGUUAAAACUCUGUAGUCACAUUUACCAGGCAGAAAUAUGAAAGGCGAUACCUCCUAUUUUCUUUAUAAUGAUGUCUAAUUCAAAGUCUCUAUGCAGCCAAGAAUGCGUGCCUGUAAAGUCUCAUGUCUCUACAUGCCAACCACAGUAGAUAUCACGUUUAAAUCAAUGGGUUUUAUUUUUAUGUUUUACAUAUUUUUUUUUUGGUUUUAUAUUUUGCAACUACAAGUAUAUUUACUAAACAAGGAACACCUGGAUUGAAAACUUCAGUCAUUAUCUCUAGCAGUCGAGUCGUGGCUAACCUGGGCACUGCAGUAUUUCUGAACUACAUGUCCCAUGAUGCUCAGCUAUUCUUCAUUGCUUUAGUGAUCAUAGACAUCUAGAGUGUCCAGGGCAGCUCUCACACUUUUUUUCAGUCUCUCCCUCUCUUUAUUUUGUAUUAAUAUUCUUCAUCUGUUUUCCCUCUAAUUGCCCUCAAUACACACCCUGAAAAACUGUAGUUCAGAUUUCUUUCUGAACAUUUCCCCAUUACUUUGAGAAUUUCAUUUUACUUACUUGACCCUUUUAGUAGCAAACUCAUAAUCGGCAUUGGUUACUUUCAACACUAUGCCAAGGUCUGAGUUUAGAAUGGGCUUUUCAGAGACUACACAAUGACCAUAUUUAUUCACUAAUCAGAGAAAGCUUUGAAUGGAGAGUCUCUGUGUGUCUUUGUUCUUUCAUGUGAAUUGAUUUAUUUUUUGUACUUUCUGCCCUACAAGCUGGAGAACAGACAAUCCAUCCAGCCUUAAGCAGUCAGUCCUGCCGACCACUAAUCAGGAUAGCUGGUACCCUGCCAAUCUUUAAAGUUCUAAGAGUCGUAUGGCGUCCUUACGAAACAGGAAUAUCAUACUCCUUUAGUGAAUAGAGAGUGAAUACAGAGCCAAUACAGUCAACUGGUUUGGCAACAACAUAAGUAACAACACUGGUGAGAUUUAGUGUUUGUUCAGAAAACACCUGCUAACUUUUUUUUUAUCUGCGGGUUCGUAAUAGAUUUUGUUAUGUGAUUCAAUUUGUAGGUAUUGGGUCUACAAAGGUAUGAUAAAAGCUUUUCUACCAAAACCUUAAAUGAACACUCCAUGGACCAUAACAAGUACAGUACUUUGUAAAUAGUCAAAUUGUUUUAGAACAGUUUGACUUAUGUGAUGACCACUUGACACCUUUCCCCAUCUCCACUACCUCAGUCAGAGAGUCAGAUGUUCCUGCUAAAAAGUCUCUAUUAGCUGGCCGGAGCCAAGUCCUACACCAUCAGUCUUUGUUUAGGCAUAACAUUUCUGGCUCUCUGGUUGUGGUAGUAGAGGCAGGGAGUAGAUACUGGCAGACACCAGGUACAAAUUUAAACUGUUCUAAAACAGUUUAUCUGCUUACAGAGAGAGGGGGUGGAGGGGAGAGGGUGGAGGAGGGUAGAAGUUCUGUAGUGGUUUUGGUGCUUGGAGAGUUUCUUUAAAAAUUAAUUAGUCGCUACUGAUUGUUUAAACUGUCAGUAGCCAAACGCUCCUUUCUAAAAAUAUAACCCCCCAAAAACACGUUGUCUAAUUAGAGGUUUUUCAUUUAGACACUUUAUGGACAAAUUGUGCAUGUCUGCGACGAGCUACUUAAUUGAACUAUAUUAUAUCACAUUGAAAAUUGUAUGAGAGACGAGUACUGCAAAAUAUGCGCGCAUGACGUUGCGGUGAGUGUUAAUCUGCGCGUUUUGCCAAUUCUGCCCAGUUUCCUUCACUUUUGCCUAUACUUAAAAAAAAUGCUAGGUAGAAAACCCUGGAUAAGCAAGGCAGGAAACUGAUGGACAGCAAGGAGGAUUUGAUUAAGAUGAUUUAUAUAGGUGUCAUACAUUGGCAUGGAGAAUGGACCAAGUUUUGCAAAGUAUCUUCAUGACAUCCAGGCUCCAUCUAACCCCUGGGGCCUAGUGGCUGCCUUAAGUCACAUUAUGGUAAUUGCAGUAAAGACCUAAUUUUUGUCAGUAUAUGGUACAUACCAAUAUAUGUCUGUUUUUAUCUGUGAUUAAAAAAAUGCUAAUGCAUUUACAGUGAUUAUCCUAAUGUCCUUGCCUGCUUUGCGUCUCAUAAGUUAGCCUUGCUUGUGUUUAUUUUUCUAACGUCCGUUCUUUGCCAAAAUAAAGGGACUUGAACUGACGUUUGUCUGAUGACAUUAGAAUGCAAUGGGUGGUCUGCAAAUUACGGUAAACAGUACUCUUUAUCGUUGGUAAUCUCUACCAAUGACGCACAAAUCUGAACUUUUUUUAGCUAUUAGAAAAACUUUCUUAGAAAACGAGAAAUUUUAUACCAGAUAAAAUGGGCACUGAAAUUAGUCAUUUUUGUGUGUAAUGUUUCUGUUUAUCCUAAAGCAUUUGCCACAAACAAAGUAUCUUGGUACAAGAAGCACUCCAAGCAACAAUACCAUUGGAGUCUAGUAUCGUGGUUAUGUUACAGGGAGUACCAUGACACCCUGCUAGAGUAGUAGUCAAACUGAUCUUAAAGCAACUCUGCAGAUUUUGCUGUUAAAUAAAUCCUUUUAUGUCCGUCUAUUUCUCCUUUGAAAUUCACUGUAGUUUUUGAAGUUAUACAUAAGAAAAUGUAGGUACUACCUUUUCUCAUGUGGUCUGUGACCUUUAACCCCAAUCCAUCAGUCAAAAGAAUCCCCACAGAAGGGAAAACUGCAGACAUCAUGGACAGAGGAGAACAAAAUGGAGGCACACAGACUUUAAGCUCAUGCACAAGGAAUAAAGAAAUAAUUUUUAAAAAUGAAGGCAAGUGUCAAAGAGGGGAGUGUAAUGCAUGGCAUGUCCACAAGGGCCCUUCCCACUCUCCUCAUAACCAACCAAAAGCCCACGGACAACGCCAGAACAAAUAUACACUAACUUAAUGGCAUACACGGCUCGACUGCACACCCGCAAUGGAGCCCAACACAGAAAUACCUGAUACCAGGUGAACGGAAGCAAACCCAAAACUGUCCAUGAGUGGACAAGGCAAAUGCACAAAGGCUGCUAACCCUAGUCAUACCUAACCCGGCUUAAAUAAUCCACAACAUAUUUAACAAAAUGAGCAGCACAGUCCUCUUAUAAAGCUGUGCAUUAGAGCCCAAACCGGCAAAAUACACUGUUUGAUUGCAACCUAACUUGAAAAGACGGCGCAACUGUAUCGUACUAUAUUAGAUAAUGUUACAUGUUUACGAACCCUCCCUGAUUGUAUGUUUAUCCAAUUCUAUAACAAACGGUUUUCUCGGUGCACAAAUACCCAAUAUAAAGAAAAAAAAAAAAAAGAAUAAAAAAAAAGAUACAAAGUGCAUAAGGAAAGGAAAACUGAAAGAAAAACAAAAAACAAUACAGAGCCGGUAUAAAUGGUUUGACAAUUGGGGGGGCGCACAAAAUGCCCCGUCACUUCUUCUGCAGCCAUAAACUCUGAGACUGAGCAUCUUGGUGGUGCAGGGCCGUGCUCACUGACACAGAGUGCACAGCUGAGGCCCUUGGUUAAUAAGCGGGCCCUGUAGUGCUGGGCUUUGCUCAGUAGAGAUAAUGCAAGCUCCCUGCAGAAACUUCAGUUUGCAGAUGAGGGUAUGGUGGGUGUCCGGCAGACUCCAGGUAUAUUGUCUACCUGUUUUGAGAACAGUUUGACUACUUACUCUGUGAGCGCACCAAUUCACUCUUUGCACCAUAACCACAACAGUGAGCAGAAGUGGUUAUGGCGCUUGGAGUGUUCCUUUAACCCCUUAAGGACACAUGACGGAUAUAUUCCCUCAUGAUUCCCUUUUAUUCUAGAAGUUGUGUCCUUAAGGGGUUAAAGGAACACUGUAGUAUCGGGAAUGCAAACAUAUAUUCCUGACACUACAGUGCUGGAGUACUUCAUUAGGUCCCUGGCCCCCUGUGGAAAUUAAAGGUUGCUUAUUUGUUUUCUCCACCGCCAUGGUGGUCUUGCCAUGUCUGGCCCAGCCUCUUGAUCAUCUCAGUUAAUCCAAUGUGCUCAGAUCUGGUAACAGCCACACAUAAGAAGAUUGGUAUCACUACAUUGUACUGCUUGAUACACCUUCCUACUUGGUCAGAUGAGUUGGCAACGGUGCUUUAGUCAAUGUCAUUGGCUUACUAUAUUAGGUGGUCUUACAGGUGUGAUAUAGAAAGUGUUAUAAAAGAUAGAAGGAGAUAUAGAAAUGGCAACUCAGUCAAUGGUGGAAUACAUACCCAUAUCAAACUAUAACAACUCUUCAAAUGUUAGAAUAAAAACCUUGGGUAGGAUUCUCUGCUCUUUUUGUUUCAGUAUGUUUAAUUAUACAGCUCUCUGUCUGUAACCAUACCUAUGAUUGAUUGCUAAAUUUUGUCUCAUUAUAUUUUUGCUAACAGUUUAUAAAGGAGUUGUGAGUUUAAAUUUUUUUUAUUUUUUUUACAUUUUCUAGGAUACGGUCAUUGGACUUACAGUUUUUGCAAUGGGUAUUUUUACCCCAGCUGGAUGGAUCUUACUGCACCUCCCUGAGCAGAAAAGCCACUAA